GCUCGACGAAACACGCACAUACACACAAGCUAAUCAUAUCCAGCCUCUGCUGCUUCAUACCGCUCAUUUGCUCUGACGUCCUCUUGAAGAUGGGAGGGGUGUGUAUGUAUGUGUGUGAGUGUGUGUUUAUGGGAGUGUGCGCUGCACAGCUGAGAGAAAACUAGUGCUUAUAUACUGGUGUCAAGCAGGAGCCACUAGUUACUGCUGCCGUCUUAUAGCCACACCUGCUUGAGAGUUUAAACCGAGAGAGAGAGAGAGAUCGUGGACAAGUGCAUUCAAAUCCCUGCAGUCACCAGCUGAGCACCAUUCGCUGCUGUCAUGCAUUUACUGCUCUUCUAUAUUCCUGCCCUUUCCAUGCUGUGAUUGUGGAUUUUCCAUGUCGUUGUACAUACUUCAGGAAAACCUGGGAUUGAAUUGAGCUCAAAGAGCUAAACGGAUUCACAUUUGCUUUUAAAAGAGCGUCUCGGACUGUUCAACAUACAGGUGGAUCGUUAUUUGGAGACUCUAAUAGGGACUGUAUUGGGAAUAUUUUCUCAAGCACGCUGGAUGCUGCAGUGUGUGGCAGGAUACAGUGGACUGCUUCUGGGUCCAGGGGAAGAUGCCUGCUAUCCUGGUGGUCACUAACAUGAAGUCUGGACUGCCAAAGCCGAUCCACAGCGCCCUCCCCAUCCCGCAGGUGCCCACCCGGGCUGUGGCCCCCCGGCCCUGCUUCCCCAGCCCCCCGCAAAGCAGCGCUCACCUCCACCUUGGAAACCAAAGCGGGUGGGCAUCAGGCAAAAACUACCAUCCUGCUGACAGUGGAGAGGACACACAGUCGCGAAGAAAUUAAGGUUUUUGAGGAAAACGUUCCAAGAUUUUUCUCCAUGUUGAAGAUCCAAAU